UUGCCCAACACUCGGAGAAGAUUAUCGCCGCCAUUCAUUACAUCUUGAAGCAAGAACAUACUACGCGUUUAUAAACCGACUUACAGUAGGUUUCUUCUCCGAAUCUCCGUUUCCCAGUUUUUUACAUCAUAAUGUUAAUUAUAUGUAGUUCCGAUAGUUAUAUCAAUCCGAUGAACGCAAAAAAGCUUGCCCAGCACUCCAGGAACGCUGUCACUGUCAUUUCGCCGACUAAAGUUUUUUCUCCGAAUCCCCCUUUGCCCAAAGAAGGCGGUUUGAAUCAUGAUGAUUAUUAUAUAUACUAAGAUUAGCUCAUCGGAAUAAUUUUGGAAGAAAACAAUCUGAUCAUCUACUAAUCAAUUCAAUUCAGGAAUCCCAUGGCGCGAAGGCUUUCUACAUCCUUAUUACUAAGGAAGCAGAACGCAAUGAGAGGGAAUAUGAAGCGAUUGAGAUUGGAGAUGAAGGAGAUUAGUAUGGAUCAGAAGCAAAUUCGGACAGACCAGAGAGAUUUGAGAGAAAAGUUGGAACACAACAAUGAGCAAUGCGUGCAGCUUAGACAGGAGAUGGAAGUGGUCGCCAAGCAGAAAGCUCGGAAUCAGCUCCUCUUGAAUCUCACAUUCAGAAUCUUGAAGGCUCGCCAAGCAGGGGACUUCGCCACAGCCAUCUCCUUUACUCGGAUCCUCCGUCAGGUGGUACAAAACAGGGGAGCGAAUGAAGGAAAUGCAUCCGAUGAUACAAAACAAGAACAAAAUGUUACUAAAGUUUAAAUUGCUCGAGAAAUUCUAUGCUUUGUGUUGAAGUAAGAAUAAGAGAUUGCUUUAUUGAUUUAUUGCAAUUGUUGUAUCUAAGUUUGAAUUGGUAUGAGAAAUUGUAUUGUGUUAGGCUCAAGGAACCAAGAAAUGAUAUUGAAUAUGGUUUUAUUGUACGAUGUACCUCACGUUUGCAACAACUUGAGUUGCAAACUUUCAUUGCUUUGGUCAGAUGGUCUUUGCUUGUAUUAUUUGUACUCCGAGAACAAUAUAUGUAUUUUAUGAGA